UGGAAUUCUCCCCUUCAGGUGGAGGAGAGCGCAAUAAACCUGUGGAACUGGGCAGUCACCAAGCACUCCGGUUCAGUCAUCAAUGAUGAGCAAAGAGCUAAAUUGAGAUUUGUUGCAUGUAGGCUGGUGUGCCUGUGUGAAGGCAAUGAUCCUCCGGAGGGAACUAUUCGAAGACAAAUUUUGAUGUCUAUGAAAACUGGGAAAGGAUGGAUAGAUAUAGGAAAAGCUGAACUUGCAGAUGAGUUUCUAGAGAUUGCCAUGGGGAGUAUAGAAAAACUGUAUGCAAAGUUGCUUAAGAGGAGUAAUGAUGAAGCAGAUAUUCAUGUGCACAAAACUGAUGUGGAGAAGGACCUCUUCAAAGUGCUCUCUUAUCAGGCUGAAUCAGCGGUCGCUCAAGGAGAUUUUCAAAAAGCAGUGAUGUGUGUGCAGCGCUGCAAAGAUAUGUUGAUGAGAUUGCCAAAAGAGACCUGUUACCUAUCAAUCCUCUGUUACAACUUCGGCGUGGAAACCUAUGAAUGGAAGAAAUAUGAACAGAGCUCCUUUUGGCUCAGCCAGAGUUAUGAAAUUGGGAAGAUGGAUGCGAAAUAUUCUACUGGGAAAGAAAUGCAGGCUAAAGUGCUGCGAUUAUUAGCGACUGCCUAUUUGGAGUGGGACUGCAAUCUGUACCUUGACAAGGCACUGAAAGCUAUAAACUUGGCAAAUGAGGAGCGUUUGCAUCCAGCAGGGUUUUUUUUGAAAGUUAAAAUUCUUCUUAAAAGUAGAGCAUCAGACGAAGACGUCAAAGCAGCUCUUGCAGAAUUCCUGCACCGUGAGGUGUCUUUAGACUCCUGCUUGAAUACUGCCAAAUUGCUGCUGGAACAUGGAAGGGAAUCAGUUGGUUUUGAUUUUCUAAAAUCUGUUGCUGAACGAUUUGAAUCUUCCCCCGACCUUGGAAGAAUCGCCCUAGUCCACGUUGACUUCCUGUUGCAGAACAAGAGGGAGCUGCUUGCCAAGCAAAAGGUUGAAGAAAUUAUUAUAGGUCAUUAUACUGGGAAACAGCUGUUGCCUGAAAACUUGAACCAGCUGCAUAUCAUUUUGUGGGAUAGAGCUGCCAAAAAAUAUGAGGCAAAAAAUUAUUCUGAAGCUCUUCAGUGGUACAACUACUCUGCCAGCUUCUACACACCUGGGCAGAUAGAUCAGAAUCUGGCUAAACUGCAGAGGAACAUGGCUUCUUGCUAUCUUCAUUUGAAACAGCUUGAUAAGGCUAAAGAGGCAGUGAAAGAAGCAGAGAGGUGUGAUCCAAACAGCAUUUUUACUCAAUUUAGUGUCUAUAAGAUUGCAGUGCUGGAAAAUAAUACUGACAAAGCUGUGGAAGCAGUGAUUGCAAUGGGGAAGCUGGCAGAAAAGGAGUCUCAGCAUGAAGACAGGCUCUUAGUGGAUGGAAACACAGGCACUGACCUCCUGAGUUUGGCUGCCCAAAUUGCUUUAGAGAAUGAACAGCAGGUUGUGGCUAUCAAAGCUCUGGAGUAUUUAUCUGAACGUUCACAAGAUUGCCAGCAAAUAUUUGCAGCAUUAAAGUGUUUGGUGCGUCUUAUGUUGUCAAAAAUCAUGGCAGAAAAUAAAGAGAGAAGAGAUAAGGAUAUCGACUCCAUGCUGACUUACUUGACCUUGGCUUACAGGAGACUUGCCGAGCCUUUCACAGAUGAGAAUUUGACAGGAGACAGAAGGAUCCUUGAAGCUCACUGGUUUAGAAAAGUUGCUUGGAACUUGGCUGUACAGUUCCAGAAUUGUCCUGAAAAGAUGAGGGAUUUCUUUGUACUGUCUUUCAAGUUGUCCCAGUUUUGUCCUUCUGACAAAGCUGUCCUGAUUGCUCAGAAGACGUGCCUGUUAAUGGCAGCUGCAAUUGAUCUGGAAAUGGGGAGACAGCAGGACACAACACCUUCUGAGCAGAUGGAACUUUUGACUGAGGCCCUUCAACAUCUGAAGGCAUGCAAGGAGAUCUGGAAAGUUCUAAAAUUAUCAGGAGAUUUUGCUAAAGAUCCAACAGACACGUUGUUGCUUCUUUAUGAAUUUGAAGCAAGAGCCAAACUGAAUGAUCCUGAACUCAGCAACCUUAUGGAGUCGGUAUGGGAACAGCCACAAAUAGAGAUCAAGACACUGGAAAUCAUUGCAUCGUUAGCCAUGGAGUCUCCAGCUCGGUAUCCCUUACUUUGUAAGAAGGCUCUCAAGAGUGCACUGAGCCUUCACAGAAAGCAGCCUGCUGUUGACACUGUGAGAUUUAGCAAGUGUUUACACAGUUUGAUUAACCUCUCUCUGCCGCCCGGAGUAACAGACCUGGAGGCCUGUGUAUUGCAAGAGGUGUGGGGCUACUUUGAAGAUGCCCUGAGCAUGGUCAGCAGCACAGAGGCUUACCCAGAGAUGGAGAUCCUUUGGUUGAUGACAAGAGCCUGGAAUACAGGGAUAUUUCAGUAUAGCACUGGCAACUACAAAGAAGCUGAGCAGUGGUGUGGACUGGGAAUGCGUUUCCUCAGCCACUUAGGAUCUCUGAAGAAAAGCUAUGAGGGCCAUAUGAUUGGUCUUUAUAGUGAGGUGCUGGAUAAGUUGGACAGAGCGAAAGGGCUUUUUCCACGUGAAGAGUAAGGACAACCACAGCUGCACAA